GACCUCUAUGCAAGUAUUUUCAUUUACAAAACGUCAGUAAACGUUAGUGAGGUUAAGUUCAUAAAAUAUCAACAAACGUGAUUUUAUUUAUUUUUAAAAGUGUACGUUGAGAGACAAAUAACAAUUACUUAAACCAAACAAUGGCGGGUGAUAAAAAACGUAGGUCAAGAAGCAGGGAGAGAAGUGAUAGGACUGAUAAGGACAGGGACAAGCGAUUGAAGAGAUCAAGAUCCAGAAGUAAAGACAGAGGACACAAAAGACAUAGGUCACGUUCCAGGGAAAAGGACAAGGCGGAGAUCAGUAAAUACAGGUCCGAACGUGAUAAACCAGUGAAGUCAGAUAGAGAUAAGAAAGAUGAGAGACCAGAGAGGAAGGACGAAAAGGAUAAGAGACCCAAUAAAGAUGUUAAGAAGAAGUCACCCACUCCUGAGCCUACAGAGAACAAGGUGAAAGUUGAGGUGAAGCCAGAAGUUAAGGCGGAGCCCAAAAAAGAGCCUCUGUCUCUAGAAGAAUUGCUUGCUAAAAAGAAGGCGGAGGAAGCAGCCAAAAGCAAGCCUGUGUUUUUGACAAAAGAGCAAAGAGCCGCAGAAGCCCUAAAACGUCGCCAAGAAGAGGUUGAGAAGCAAAGGAAGCAACGUGAUGUGGAGAAAAAAAUUGUAGAAUCCAUGCACAAAGAAAGAGUUGAGGAGAUGAGAAAAGAUGACAGGGAUUAUCGCAGGACCAGAGACAGGGAGAAGGAGGAGGAACUAAAACAGAAGGACAAGGAUAAAGAAAAAGAAACUGAUGCCAUUAAGGAAAGAUAUUUAGGUUUGAUCAAAAAGAAGAGGAGGGUCAGAAGAUUGAAUGACAGAAAGUUUGUGUUUGACUGGGAUGCUGGUGAAGACACAUCCUUAGAUUACAAUCCACUGUAUAAAGAAAAGCACCAGGUUCAAUUCUUUGGACGUGGCAACUUGGCGGGCAUAGACAUAAAGGCGCAGAAACGGGACCAAAGCAAAUUUUACGGUGAACUCUUGGAAAAGCGACGAACUGACGCCGAAAAAGCGCAAGAAAAGGUCAGGCUGAAGAAGGUUAGAAGGAAAGAGGAGAAACAACUGUGGGACGACAGACAUUGGUCCGAAAAAGACGUUCCCGAGAUGACCGAGAGGGAUUGGCGUAUCUUCAGGGAGGACUACAAUAUCACCAUCAAGGGCGGUAAAAUACCCAACCCGAUCAGAAGCUGGAAGGAGUCCGGCAUUCAAAAGGAGCUGUUGGAAAUUGUGGAGAAAGUAGGCUACAAAGAACCCACACCUAUUCAAAGGCAGGCCAUUCCAAUAGGUAUGCAGAACAGAGACAUUAUCGGCGUCGCCGAGACUGGUUCCGGUAAAACUCUGGCGUUCUUGUUUCCGUUGUUGUCAUGGAUUCAAUCUUUGCCCAAAAUUGAGAGGACUGAAGACGCUGAUCAGGGUCCAUACGCCAUUAUUUUGGCGCCAACGCGUGAGUUGGCGCAGCAAAUCGAGGAAGAAACCGUCAAGUUUGGUCAGCCUUUGGGUAUAAGGACUGUGGUCGUUGUGGGAGGUCUGAGCAGGGAGGAGCAAGGUUUUAGAUUGAGAAUGGGUUGCGAGAUUGUAAUCGCUACACCCGGUCGUCUUAUUGACGUGCUGGAAAACAGAUACUUGGUAUUGAAUCAGUGUACCUACAUCGUAUUGGACGAAGCUGAUCGUAUGAUAGAUUUGGGUUUUGAGCCUGACGUGCAAAAGAUUUUGGAGUACAUGCCUGUGACCAAUUUGAAGCCGGACACCGAAGAAGCCGAGGACAGUACUUUGUUGUUGGCGAAUUAUAACAGUAAGAAGAAGUACAGGCAAACUGUGAUGUUUACAGCUACUAUGCCUCCGGCUGUUGAAAGACUCGCUCGGACGUACUUGCGACGUCCAGCGGUUGUUUACAUCGGUUCCAUCGGUAAACCCACGGAAAGGGUGGAACAAAUCGUUCAUAUUAUGGGCGAGAACGACAAGAGAAAGAAGCUCAUGGAGUAUUUGUCCAAAGGCUUGGAGCCACCAGUCAUUAUUUUCGUCAACCAAAAGAAAGGUGCAGACGUACUGGCUAAAGGUCUGGAGAAACUUGGAUACAAUGCGUGCACGUUGCACGGUGGUAAAGGGCAAGAACAGAGAGAAUACGCCUUGGCCAGCCUUAAAUCGGGUGCCAAGGAUAUUUUGGUUGCCACCGACGUCGCUGGAAGAGGUAUCGACAUCAAAGACGUCUCAAUGGUCAUCAAUUACGACAUGGCCAAAACUAUUGAAGAUUACACUCAUCGUAUUGGUAGGACUGGUCGUGCGGGUAAAACUGGUAUCGCUGUUAGUUUCUGCACAAACGAGGAUUCAGCACUUUUCUAUGAUUUGAAACAGAUGCUUUUGUCUUCGCCCGUAUCCACUUGUCCUCCGGAAUUAAUGAACCAUCCGGAAUGCCAGAACAAGCCAAGCCAGCCCAAGAGACGCAGAGAUGAAAUGAUUUUUGCUUAGAUUAGUUUAUAAAAAAAUCUUUAACCUGAUUAAAAAAAUAUAAUUGAUAA